AUGGGUUGUGAAUUCUGGGAAAUCAUCAGCGACGAACACGGCAUCGACCCGACCGGGGCUUACCACGGAGACUCGGAGCUGCAGCUGGAGCGGAUUUCAGUCUACUACAAUGAAGCCAGUGGCGGGAAGUACGUGCCUCGAGCCAUUCUCGUGGAUCUUGAGCCCGGGACCAUGGACAGCGAUGGGAUUUCUUGCAGUAAAUGA